AAGGGGAACUGGAAGACUCUGAGGGUGAGGAAGAUCUCCCUCCAAAACGUCGGGAGAAAAACUGGAGGGUACCAAACAUGAAACCUUGGUUGGCAGAAACUGAUGAUGAAGGUGCAAAUGUCCCCGAUGAAGAAAAUGAAGAAGAUGGAGAAGGCUCUCCAGCUGGCAAGAGGGGGAAAAGAGGAAGGAAGGGACCUGGAGCAGCCAACAGAAAAGCAAAGGAUAAUACUAAAAAGAAAGACAAGAAGAAAAAGGAUGGUGACGAUGGGUCUGACGAAGAUGAAGACGAUAUCACAGAGGAGGAGCUAGAUAAAUUAAAAGAAGCGGUAGAGGAAAAAAAGAAACUAAUUGCAACUAUAAGAAACAAGCCUUGGAAAAUGAAGCAAAAGUUGGAAGUGUUAAAGGAUGCUCAGCAGUUUGUGGAGAAGUUUGAAGGAGCACUCGGAAAGGGAAAAGGCAAAAAGUUUUAUGCAUAUAAAGUCAUGAUGCUCAAAAAAUGGAUGAAAUUCCAGCGAGAUUUUGAAAAUUUCAGAACUGCCUGUAUACCAUGGGAAAUGAAAAUUAAAGAGAUUGAAAGUCACUUUGGCUCUUCUGUUGCUUCUUAUUUUAUAUUUCUUCGUUGGAUGUAUGGAAUUAAUAUGAUACUUUUUGGAUUGACAUUUGGCCUAGUCAUGGUACCAGAGGCAUUGAUGGGCAAACCACAUGGUUCAAUUUCACGGAAAACGGUUCCAAGGGCCGAGCAACCCUCAGCUAUGAAUUUUGCCACAUUAUAUGAUUUUAGCGGUUUUGCACAGUACUCUGUUCUCUUCUAUGGAUACUACAACAGUCAAAGAACCAUUGGAUGGCUGCAGUUUAGGCUCCCACUUUCUUACUUGCUAGUUGGGAUCGGUACCAUUGCAUACAGCUUUAUGGUUGUAAUAAGAACGAUGGCCAAGAAUGCUAAUGAUGAUGGAGGAGGGGAUGACAACAGCUUUAAUUUUAGCUGGAAAAUGUAUACAAGCUGGGAUUUUUUGAUUGGAAACCCAGAAACAGCUGAUAACAAAUUUGCAUCUAUAACAACAAGCUUUAAAGAAUCCAUUUUAGAAGAACAAGAAAACAGAAAAGAGGAAAAUAUUCAUUUAGUCCGCUUUCUUCGAGUUCUUGCCAACUUCCUUGUAAUGUGCACGCUUGCAGGCAGUGGGUAUCUAAUUUAUUUUGUUGUUCGAAGAUCCCAGCAGUUUGCUCUGGAAGGCUAUGAAAACUAUGGAUGGUGGGAAAGGAAUGAGGUUAAUACAGUCAUGUCUCUGCUUGGGAUGUUUUGUCCAACAAUGUUUGAUGUGGUCAGUGGAUUGGAAAACUAUCACCCACGUAUAGCAUUAAGAUGGCAACUGGGACGAAUAUUUGCUUUAUUUCUGGGCAACCUGUACACCUUCCUGAUUGCUCUAAUGGAUGAAAUAAAUCUAAAGCGUCAAGAAGAAAAGGUUGUGCAGCAUAACAUGACAAUGUGGUAUGCAAAUCUGUUUAAUGCAUCGUAUUCAGAAAAUUCAACAGGUGGUCCUUUUGUUGUUGAUCCAUCAGAUGUUCCUCGAGGACCAUGUUGGGAGACAAUGGUGGGACAGGAAUUUGUUCGUCUUACGGUGAAUGAUAUCAUGACCACAUACGUUACUAUUCUUACUGGUGACUUCUUACAAGCAGUUUUUGUACGUUUUUUUAACUACUGUUGGUGCUGGGAUCUGGAAUAUGGAUGGCCUUCUUAUUGUGAAUUUGAUAUAAGUGGAAAUGUGUUGGGAUUAAUUUUCAACCAGGGGAUGAUCUGGAUGGGAUCAUUUUAUGCUCCAUGCCUCCCUGCUAUCAAUGUAUUCCGUCUCCAUACAUCUAUGUACCUACAAUGUUGGGCCGUAAUGUGCUGCAAUGUUCCCCAUGCAAGAGUCUUUAAAGCCUCCAGAUCCAACAACUUCUACAUGGCCAUGCUGCUCUUUAUUCUCUUUCUGGCUAUGUUGCCAGUCAUCUACACCAUUGUCUCGAUCCCACCAUCAUUUGACUGUGGUCCAUUCAGUGGGAAGCAAAGAAUGUAUGAAGUUAUACAGGAGACCUUGGACAAUGACUUCCCUGCAUGGUUUGCCAAAGUAUUCGGCUAUGCCUCAAACCCUGGACUUAUUCUACCUUUCAUCCUACUCAUGGUUAUGAGCAUCUACUAUCUAAAUGCAACUUCAAAGGGAUACCAAGCUGCAAUUUUGGAACUCAAGAAAAAACUGCAGAGCCAAGCUGAAGAGAAUAAAAAGCGCAGUAAAAAAGCAGCAGAAAAAGCAGCAGAAAUAGCAGCAGAAGCUCAAGAAGCCAGUAAAGACAAUUCCCCUGGGAGAGGGCACAAUAAGAAUGAACAUCCAGGAGCUGGUCAUAAAGGGAAAAAUCUGGAAGUUCCUCCUCGUAUUGCUGUGACUAAACCACCAAAAACUAAAGGACCACCUAAGCCUUCAUAAAGACCAGGAAUUACCCAAAAAUAUAGAAAUGUGAAAAAUUCUAAAAACUAUUAUUUAUGGUAACAAUCAGAAUACUAAUAGCUACUGUAAAAGGCUUCCAGA